AUGUCAAAUAUUGCCGCUCAAGACAAGAAGUCGUCAGAUAUCAAGCUGACAUCCAAGACUGAAACGUUGAUGGUACCGGCUGUCGACGAUCACCUGUCGAAUGUGCUGAAACCGUCGGAGAGCAGCGAUGUCCUUAGCUUCCCGGUGAACAAGAGAUCUGCGUCUUUGCCUAAUGUGGCCGUGCGUGAAAAUUCCUCGGGCGAUGCUCCCGAAACUGGACUGUCGUUCGGUACGUCCGCGGAGUUGCCCGUUUCGACGGAUUCGCCAUCACGUGCCGAAUCGUCUGUCUUGGCAUUGAUGCCACCUGCCACUCCAGAAGAUGACUGUUGGAUCAAAACGCCGUUAUCCGUCUCGUCGCAGCUGCCACCGGUAGAAGCCGGAGUAAUGGGUACGGUAACCAGCAGUGACGCGGGAACGGACAACGGUCACGCCUAG